CACCCCCCCUUCCGCCUCGCCUGUCAUUUUCCAAAACAUCAACAUGUGCUUCAUGUGAUUAUUUUUUUGGUUUUGUGGUUACUUGAAUGACAAAAUAUUAAUUAAACAUAACAAUGGGUCUCACAAAGCAAUAUUUGCGAUAUGCUCCAAGUGGUACUUUCAAUGUUAUAGCCAGUGCCGAUUGUAACUGUACACAUGUGUCUCUAAAUGGAAUAAGUGGACGAUAUUUGGCUGUCGGUGCUUGUGAACAUGUUGUUAUCUGGGAUAUGAGACUGGGGGAGAAGGCUCAAGUGCUGCCAGGAGAGAAUGUGGUAGUUUCCCAGAUAGCUGCGAGCCCUACUGGGAAUCAUAUGGCGGUGGGAUACGUGGACGGCAACAUAAACGUGUUUGAGCUAACAAACAAUGAAGUGGUGUGUGUGUUUGCCGGACACAAGUCAGCUGUUACCUGUCUACAGUAUGACGAGCAUGGACACAGAUUGGUAUCUGGAUCUAAGGAUACUGAGGUCAUCCUGUGGGAUGUUGUUUCUGAGACGGGUAUAGCCCGGUUUAGUGGGCAUAAGGGUAUUGUGACAAGUGUCCUUUUCAUCAACGGAAAGAACUGCAUUGUCAGCUCUUCAAAAGACACAUUUGUUAAGUUUUGGGACAUUGAAACUAAGCAUUGUUUCAAAACAUUAGGAGGGCAUCAAAUGGAGGUGUGGUCUGCAGUAUUACUGAAAGAAGAGAGGUACCUAGUGACAGGCACUGUGCACCAGGAACUCAGGGUGUGGAAACUGAACUGGACCAGUGAUGUAAAAGAUGAGAACAAGCUUGCCCAACAGCUGGAAAUUGUCAAGUUAGAAGAAACAGAUGAAGUUGAAGAUUCUUCUGUACUACAAUGUCACCAAGUGGGCACUCUCGUCCGCGGGGGCAAAGGCCGCGUAGUCGGCCUGAACACAGACCUGGGACAAAGUGUACUCGCCUGCUUUGGAACUGACUCCCUGCUUGAACUAUUUUCCUUCUGUUCAGAUGAGGAAGCUAAAGCCAGGAUGGAUAAACGUGUAAAGAAACAAAGGAAGAAACUGGCGAAGCUCAAAGAAAAAGGCGAGGUAGAACCUGAAGCAACAGAAGUAGCUGAAAUUCUGACUCUCUCAGAUGAAGUCCGAAGGUUGUCGUCAGUGAAAUUAGGCGCGAAAAUAAAGUCCGCGUCGGUUCUGGUGGGAACUACUGGGGAAGUGAGAGUCGGCGUCACAUUGGCUAACAAUUCUGUCGAUCUACAUAGCUUGAAAAUGGACGAGGGUCAGGAAGUGAAAUGUUUGAAACAAAUUACGUUACCUGGACACCAGAAAGACCCACUAACUGUAGCCAUCAGCUCCGACAAUUUAGCAGUACUUUCGGCCUCUGCAGAUUCUAUCAAGUUAUGGAACCGGCCGAAUCAAACCUGCCUUCGCACUAUCCCAGUGCCGUGCGGUCGCCCUAUGAGCGUUUGUUUCGCGCCCGGCGAUAGACACGCGUUAGUAGGCUGCGCGGACGGCUCGCUCCUCGUAGCUGAUGUAGGCGCCGGUCGGAUAUUGGAACAGAUACCAGCGCACGAGAACUCGUGUAGCUGUGUGGGACUCACGCCUGACAUGGUAAGUGUGGGGGGACUCAUCAACGUCAUAUUGAUAGUAGCCAUUAAAGUCCGGCGAUAGACACGCGUUAGUAGGCUGCGCGGACGGCUCGCUCCUCGUAGCUGAUGUAGGCGCCAGUCGGAUAUUGGAACAGAUACCAGCGCAUGAGAACUCUUGUA